AUGCCAAGUUUUUACACAAAUCGAUUGAUUUUGCUGCCAAUAAAAAGCAGGACCGUGAUCGAUGGGUCUCUGCAAUUUCGUACCUUAUCUCAAAGGUCAGGGAGCAAAGGGCUCAUUUUAACGAACAGGAAUGGAUUCUUCAGAAGUUCCGCGAAGCAGAUACCAACAAAAAUGGGACACUCUCUUUCAACGAGGUCUGGUCUCUGCUCAAAAAACUAA